GCCCUUGUUCUGGACAUGGGAGAGCUGGUUCAGACCCAGUACGGGGUCCACUGCCACGCCCUCCUCCACAGCGAGACCACCCCCCAGCCCCAGGCUCACACCUGGCGAUGCUCCCUAGGCGCCCCGCAACCCUCAGCAUUGUCCUUCUACCCUGCCGGCCGAGACUACACUUCCCGACGUGCUUCGGGGUCCCAGGGGGCGGGGCUCCACGAGAGCUGUGGGGGCGGGGCGGCACGUGCCGCUGCUCUCGGCCAAUGCGGAGCCCCGCGGGGAGGUCACGUGCCACUGUUUGGCGCUUUUGUGCGCGCCCGGGUCUGUUGGUGCUCAGAGUGUGGUCAGGCGGCUCGGACUGAGCAGGUGGGUGCGGGGCUCGGGAGGAGGCGGCGGCUGGCUGCGGCCGGACUUUCCUUAUCCCAGUUGAUUGUGCAGCUCGCUUGUCUUCUAUUCACCAUGGCUUCUUCUGAUAUCCAGGUGAAAGAACUGGAGAAGCGUGCCUCAGGCCAGGCUUUUGAGCUGAUUCUCAGCCCUCGGUCAAAGGAAUCUGUUCCGGAAUUCCCCCUUUCCCCUCCAAAAAAGAAGGAUCUUUCCCUGGAGGAAAUUCAGAAGAAAUUAGAAGCUGCAGAAGAAAGACGCAAGUCCCAUGAAGCUGAGGUCUUGAAGCAGCUUGCUGAGAAACGAGAGCAUGAGAAAGAAGUGCUUCAGAAGGCAAUAGAAGAGAACAACAACUUCAGUAAAAUGGCAGAAGAGAAACUGACCCACAAAAUGGAAGCUAACAAAGAGAACCGAGAGGCACAAAUGGCUGCCAAACUGGAGCGUUUGCGAGAGAAGGAUAAGCACAUUGAAGAAGUGCGGAAGAACAAAGAAUCCAAAGAUCCUGCUGACGAGACUGAAGCUGACUAAUUUGCUCUGAGAACUGACUUUCUCCCCAUCCCCUUCCUAAAUAUCCAAAGACUGUACUGGCCAGUGUCAUUUUAUUUUUUCCCUCCUGACAAAUAUUUUAGAAGCUAAUGUAGGACUGUAUAGGUAGAUCCAAACUGUAAGAUGUUGUUUUAGGGGCUAAAGGGGAGAAACUGAAAGUGUUUUUUUCUAAAGUGUUGGUCUUUCUGAUGUAGCUAUUUUUCUUGUUGCAUCUUUUCUACUUCAGUACACUUGGUGUACUGGGUUAAUGGCUAGUACUGUAUUGGCUCUGUGAAAACAUAUUUGUGAAAAGAGUACGUAGUGGCUUCUUUUGAACUGUUAGAUGCUAAAUAUCUGUUCACUUUUCAAUCCCAAUUCUGUCCCAAUCUUACCAGAUGCUACUGGACUUGAAUGGUUAAUAAAACUGCACAGUGCUGUU